AGACACACAACAUGGCGGACUAGAAUAGUCGACCGACGCGCCCGGAUACAGUGGAUAAACCGUGGGAUUUAGCACCCAGGAAGGCCAGGAAAGUACCGUCGGAAGAGGCGAAACGUUUGGACGAAGUGAGGAUUUUUAUCGGGUUGCCGUCCUUCACCGGGUUUAGCAGAAAAACUGACUACGAAGUGUUGGCAGUGUGUCCCAGAUCGUGCUUCCCUCCUGUGCUAUCACCCAGGUCCCCCCACCCCGCUCUCACUCUCGGUUCGUGGGGUGUGGAGACAGGGGCCGGGGUGAAAAACGUGGAAGAGAAAAAGAGGAUACGUUCCUUGUUGGCAGUUUUUCUCUCUUCCCUUUGGUUUUCUCUGAGCGCUACAGGAGUUGUGGGCCGGCUUUGGCAAUAAAUACGACUGAAGAUCUGCAGUUUUCUAAGGACCAAGCUGUGCGAAUGAGUGAUUGAUGCCAACUUCGCUUCUUCAGGGCAGAAUGGGUGUGUGUCCCCUGCUCCUGCUGCUUGGACUGGCCCUCGUGGUGUCAGGCCAGGAUGAUGUUCCCAUCACAAGCCCUCCUAAUAUCACUGCCAUACCCACAGACCCCCCUGUUGCACCAUCCCUCAAUGUCACACUCGCACCCACUCAAGCCCCCACCGGCCCACCUACAACACCAAUCCAACCAGUCAUCCCGCUGACCACAAUAGCAACAACAAUAACUACAGAAACAACAACAACCACCGCCCCCGCUGUAAGCCCGCCUGAUGAGGAGGACGUCAAACCUGCAGGUCCCAACGCCACUGGGCGACUGUUACCAGCUCCUCCUCUCGCACCUCCUUCUCCCACCGAUGCCCCUCAGGCACCACCAAGCACCCAGCCCCCUCCUCCUCCCAACCCAGCAGAAGGAGAAAACGGGACCGCAGCCCUCCCUACAGACACCCCAAGUCCUGAUACUUUCAUUGAUGAGGAUGACGGUGCAUUACCGGAGGAGACCACCACAGAGCCUGGGAUGGAGUUCCCCACUGACGACACCCCACACGAUGACAGCCCGUCGGAUGACAUGCCGAUCAUCGCCGUCAUGGUGGCCCUGUCCUCCCUGCUGGUCAUCAUCUUCAUCAUCAUCAUCCUCUACAUGCUCAGGUUUAAAAAGUACAAACAAGCUGGGAGCCAUUCAAACUCCUUCAGGCUGACCAACGGGAGAUCAGAUGAUACAGAACUUCAGAGCGUACCGCUAUUGGCCCGUUCUCCCAGCACAAACAGGAAGUAUCCGCCUCUUCCCGUCGACAAGCUGGAGGAAGAAAUGAACCGCCGCAUGGCUGAUGACAACAAGCUCUUCAGGGAGGAAUUUAAUGCACUGCCAGUCUGCCCCAUCCAAGCAUCAUGUGACGCUGCCUCCAAGGAAGAGAAUAAAGAGAAGAACAGAUAUGUCAACAUCCUGCCAUAUGAUCACUCCAGGGUGCAUCUCUCAUCUUUGGAGGGAGUUCCUGACUCUGACUUUAUCAAUGCCUCCUUUAUUAAUGGUUACCAAGAGAAGAACAAGUUCAUUGCAGCUCAAGGACCAAAGGAGGAAACUGUGAACGAUUUCUGGCGGAUGAUCUGGGAGCAAAACACAGCAACCAUCGUGAUGGUGACCAAUCUGAAGGAGAGAAAAGAGUGUAAAUGUGCUCAGUACUGGCCGGACCAGGGCUGUUGGACAUAUGGGAAUAUCCGAGUGUCAGUAGAGGACACUAUGGUUCUGGUUGAUUACACCAUCCGCAAGUUCUGUAUCCAACAGGUUGGAGACGUGUCUGGGAAGAAGCCUCAGAGGCUUGUCACCCAGUUCCACUUCACCAGCUGGCCAGACUUUGGGGUGCCCUUCACACCUAUUGGGAUGCUCAAGUUCCUCAAGAAGGUCAAGAAUUGUAACCCUCAGUACGCCGGGCCCAUUGUGGUCCAUUGUAGUGCGGGCGUGGGGAGAACAGGAACCUUCAUCGUGAUCGACGCCAUGUUGGACAUGAUGAUCGCUGAGAGGAAGGUGGAUGUGUUCGGCUUCGUCACCAGGAUCAGAGCCCAGCGCUGUCAGAUGGUUCAGACUGAUAUGCAGUACGUGUUCAUCUUCCAGGCAUUGUUAGAGCAUUACCUGUACGGAGACACAGAGCUGGAGGUUACCUCUCUAGAAUCCCACCUGGCCAAACUCUACGCCCCUUCACCUGGAGCUGGCUGCAGUGGUCUGGAAGCUGAAUUCAAGAAACUGACUUCCAUCAAGAUUCAGAAUGACAAGAUGAGAACAGGAAACCUGCCUGCCAACAUGAAGAAGAACAGAGUCCUACAGAUCAUUCCAUACGAGUUCAACAGAGUGAUCAUUCCAGUCAAACGAGGAGAGGAGAACACAGACUACGUCAAUGCCUCAUUCAUUGAUGGUUACCGUCAGAAGGACUCGUACAUGGCGAGCCAGGGCCCCCUGCAGCACACCAUAGAGGACUUCUGGAGGAUGAUCUGGGAGUGGAGAAGCUGCUCCAUCGUCAUGCUCACUGAGCUGGAGGAGAGAGGGCAGGAAAAGUGUGCCCAGUAUUGGCCCAGUGAUGGAGCGGUGGUCUAUGGGGACAUCUCCAUUGAGAUAAAAAGGGAGGAGGAGAGUGAGAGCUAUACAGUGCGAGACCUUCUGGUCACCAACAACAGGGAGAACAAGGCUCGAGCAGUGCGUCAGUUCCAUUUCCAUGGUUGGCCAGAGGUGGGCAUCCCCACCGACGGUAAAGGAAUGAUCAACAUAAUUGCUGCAGUGCAGAAGCAGCAGCAACAGUCUGGCAACCACCCCAUCACAGUGCACUGCAGUGCUGGUGCUGGCCGGACGGGGACCUUCUGUGCAUUGAGUACAGUCCUGGAGAGGGUGAAGGCAGAGGGCAUCCUGGAUGUCUUCCAGACAGUCAAGAGCCUCAGACUGCAGAGACCACACAUGGUGCAGACACUGGAGCAGUACGAGUUCUGCUACAAAGUGGUCCAGGAGUACAUCGAUGCCUUUUCUGACUACGCCAACUUCAAGUAGAGACCUGCCAUUAAUGAAUGGAUGGAUGUCCAGAUCCACUUCUUAAAAACAUGAAACACCUGAACACGGACAGAUUUACACACACGUUACCAUGCAGGAAGCUGCGUGUAACCAUCUGAUGACUUUUCUCAAUGAAAGACUCGUCACAACUUGAUCUGUCGAUGAGACGAACUGCCUGUAGGAAAAGGGAACAGAGGCCUCGGCCCGGAGGAGGACAGGGCAGCACAGUUGGACAGAGAAAAUAACGGAGAUGCCUUCUUGAAUAUUUUGUAAUAUUGGUCUUGUUAAUACAGCCCUUCACCCCUAUUUGCUUCCCAUCUCUCCUCCACCCCCAACAUGUAUAUAUACUUACUGUGUUGCAUCUUAUUACUUAGGUUUCACAGUUUUGAGUUUUGAGUUGGCUGCAUUUUCGGGUGGCACCUGUAAUGUAUUUUAUUGGUAUAUACAUAUAAAUAUAUAAAUAUAUAUGAAUAUAAAUCUAAUGCUUUGGAGGCUAAUGUUAAAAAUCCAGAGUCAUGUUAGUGUUGUUUUUUUCUGUACUCUUUAGGGAGAGAAACAGUAGAACUUUCUUUGGCUUUGCUAGAGCCACGCUGUAGCAUCAACACUUAAAGACAAAUCCUGGAUUGUUUCCACUCACAGUUAACACACAAGCAAAGCUUUUUUUCUUUACACAGAUCAAAUCCCACAUUUUGAGCCAAUUACAGUUUCUCCCCUUUACAUUUCUGGGUCAGGGGGUUUGAAUGGUCACUCUCUGUUGGAGAUCAGAAUCGCUGUGAUGUAGCUCAUUGACUCAGGUUGAUAGACUCACACCAAACAUGCAAACUAAAAAAGCAGGAGCCGUUCUUGUUUUCUGAUCCUCAGUGUAUCUGUUUAAACUGGAGCAGUAGCUGGCAGAGACUAUAGUGUUUUUAACACCAUUGUCUGCUGUCUGUUGUGUGCCAAAGUCCUUCACUCACUGAAGCCUGAGGCUUUGCCAAGCAUGUUUAGGCACAAGAAAGCUAUUUUACUUUUGAAGCAUCCGUAGCCAGCAUCAAACUGGACUAUAAAAGGAAUCAGGAAUAAAUAUAGACAUUUUGAGCCCCACACUGUGUAUGAAUUUAGGGGAAACUGGUCAUUUUUUAUAAAUAUCUUCCAUUAAUUUUGUUUUUACAGUCUGUUACAGCAUCAACACCAGUGUUGAUCAUGUUGACAAGCCAACUAUUAUUUUAUCCUAGAAAACAACUCCAUGUAUCCGACAUAUUUCCUUCUUGUUUACAGACAGACGUCAGUAUUUCUCAUAGAUUGUAUGGAGGAUUUCUUUCUUUCUGGGUUUUCUUUCCUCUCUUUUUAUACAUAUUUACAUCAGCCUCACAUCACUACGCUGUGCUGUCACUCUUCUAAAGAAUGAUCCCUUUUAUUUCCCACUAUGAGCUCUGAUACAGACGAAUGUUUCUUUUUCUUUGAAUGCUGUUUCUAACAUAGUCCUAAUACAUGGAUGCAUUGUUACUUAAAUAGUGGAGGUUUGCCAUGCAAUGUGUGAUAUGAUAUUUUUUAUGGCUGUCCUUGGAGGACACUCAGACUUGAACUACAGUGUUUUUGUUUUUAAUUUUAUUUUUAAGAUGAAGUCACACGCAAGGCUUUGCUCUUUUUGGUUGUAAUGAAAUAUGAAUAAUGUCAGUUAACUGCAGGGCUUCAGGUCAGUCUAAUUUCCGCUCAGUCAGCUCAGGAAUUGACCGAUGCCAGGACUGUUUAAAUUUAGAAAUGUAACAAAUCCAGCUUGAGUUAAUCUCAGCAGCCUACUCAUCUUUGAAUAUUUUUAUCCCACUAAAAUGAGAAGAUUUUAUUGCUAUUAUUUGAGGAAUGAUACUUCUUUAAGGAGUUUCCUACACAUGUACAUAACUGUUUUGCAAACACUCCCAUGUAAUUACUUCUAUUAAAACAAAGGAGCACAAUCAAUUUUGAAUUUAUGGCUAGCAGGCAUCAUUAAAAGUACAGGCUGAAUGCUGAGUCAGUGUUGAUUGCUUGAACACUCAUGCACUAUUUGCACCAAAUCAAAGCCCUUAAAGAUACGCAACCAAAUAAGAGAUAAGGUCAGUGUAAUGGCAUUGGCCUUCGAUAUUAGAGUAUAUGAACUUUAUUUAAAAUCUUAAGAAGCUCUUUCAGGUCUCAAAGCCAUGGGUUAAGCCCCCCAUGGGGACUUAAAAGUAGCAGAUAAAUGAACUGACCGGUCACUGAAACCAUUGGCUGUUUGUGCAUUGUCAACAUCAUUUCAGGUCUUCUUUUGUUUCCAAAGUGUCACAAGUGCCCGCACUCUUAUUUUAGGUGCCACGUGUUCUGCAUUUAUUUACUUUGUCACUUAUUUGGUGUAUGUUAUUAGAGGAGGGGAUGCUUGAUGUUUGCUCCGUCAGUCUGUGCUUCAACAGUUUUAUUGUGGACCAUGCAGAAGCAAAAUAAGACACUGUGCCAACCCAUAGUGAAUCUAGAAAAGUGCCUCAAUGGUAGGUUUUCAAAAAGAACUUUAUUAAAUGUUGUCAUCCAAAAGGGUCCUAUCACCCGCAGACUGAUGCCAACCAUUUUGCAUGACGAAUCAACAGGGCCAAAGCUAAAACUGGGUCAUUCAUCCCUCCGUCACAUUCCCUCUAGUCGCUUUAUUCAGACCACUCUUUUCCGCUGAUAAUAUUGAGGUACUUUCAAAAUAAAUUCCAUCUUUGAUUUAACAGCUUCAUUUCAUUCCAUAUCACUGAAAUAAGUGGCUCUGUGACUAGUAAUCAGUCGUGGUGCCCAAAUGAGAAACAAGAAUUUUUAGAUUUUUCUUUCCUUGGUAAAUGCAAUUGGAUUGUAAACAGAGAAGUGAAACUAGUGUUCCUGUUUCACAACAAUUUCUCUCUGGGGCAUUUUGAAUGCAGCAAGAAUUAAAAGAUUUUUCUAGCAUCCAACUUCUCCUCUCCACCUUUUAUAUGUCCUUCAUGUCUUUUACACACUAACCGCUGUCAAACUACAGCUUCCUUUUUUUGUUUUGUUUCGUCCUUGGAUAGUUUUUUUCCCCAGUGGUCACUGCCCACUCCCUCUUGUACAUAAUGUAAGGUUAUUUAUAAUUCAUUCCUGUCUGCUGCCUUUCUUAUUUUAUUUUCUUCUCCCCAUUCUUUUUUUUUUCCUUUUUAAAGAUGUAUAUUGAACUGUAUCGGGACCAUUUUGAAAUGUAUUAAAGAUGUUUUGUUUUGGCCUUUUUUAAUUAGGUAUAAUUGUCUUAAGCAAAUCCUGUUUUUUAAUUUCCCUGUUUGUUUCUAGUGUUUUGUUAUUCAACAUUUGAAUAUAUGUAUAUAUAAUUAUAUAUAUGAUAAAAAAUUAUAUAUAAUUAUAUGAUGCCAAAUGGCCUUUCUAAGCAAGAUACUGUUCAAACCUAAUAAAGUGCUUGAGAUUUUA